GCACGGUGGUUUUGCCCCGGCCUGGAGAUGGCUGGUACGCGCCCCCGGCGAUGAGCUCUUCUGCAGGCUUUCCCUGGGGCGAGCUCACCGCCGAAGGUGUGCAGCAAAUGUAUCUGCUGGGUCAGAGCCUCUGCAAAGAGGCCGCGCCCAGCACCUGGCAACUGCGCUCUGCCGGCCUUGGGCGAUGUGUUUCCGCGGCGCAGGCCCUCGCCUGGGGAGGCCUAGAGACGCAGGGCGACCGCUAUGCCAAGCCGGUCGAAGUGCUCGUAUCUGGCGGCGAGGCGCUCUUGCCCCAGCUACGUCCCGGUGAUGAAGGCUACCCUGAGCCAUUCGAAGAAUCGUUGGAGGAGGUGGCGUCUCGCCGCGCUGUGCAGGCGACGUUGGCCGAGCGCUUGGCCGCCGAAAUGGACAUACCGUUGGAGGACGUUGCAGACCUCGAUGCCGACGAGUUGUGCAGAGCAGCCGUGGCCUUGGAGGGCCUGACCAAGGGCGUGGUGGAUCUCCGACCUAUCAGGCGCUUGAACUAUCGUUCCUGGGCGAUGCCGCUACGGCAAUCGGACCUGUCGUCGGCUGUGCCGGUCAUUGGCCCUUUGAUCAGCGAGAUGAUCCGUGCCUUCGACGCCGCUCUGGAAGGAUCCGACCCAGGCCUGGUCGUCUACGUAGCGGACGCAUCCUCCUUGGUCUGCAUCGAGAAUUCCAUGUCCUCGGACGCAUCUUCGAGGAUCAUCUCAGACACCUGGCCCGCGGACACGGAGUCCUUGUCGCUGGAGCUCAGCCAGUCUGGCAGUGAG